AUGAUAAACCCCACCGAGAUCUGCUGCCCGAGACUCUGGUAACUUCGAGGAUUUACAACUCAAAGUAUGACACAGUCAAGUCUGCGAAAGUCAAAGCCAUGGCAACUUGGGUCGUUCGGCUAACAAAAGCCGAUAAAGCCAAAAGUCCCAUUCUAGUAAAAGUUUCACAGAAAGAAGGUGGGCACGACUUGGACCUUGAUCUACUUGCUACAGAUGGAGAUGCUGCGUACACAGGGAAAAUCCGACAGCGGAGUCUGAAGAAACAGCGAGCCCAGAAUUACGAUGGCAGCGAUGAUGACUGGAAUGCGAUCCUCUGCCACGUUUUCGGGUGCAAGACAGGACGAAAGAUCAACUCAGCACAGAAGGAGAACCUCGACGUAACAUGUUCCCUGUCAGGCAAAGACCCCCGCGGUACUCUCACAAUUUCCCUUCGAAACAAGGUCGAGGAUAUUACCCAGCAACUGGGAUCCAUCCAGUUGCCUCAGACGGAAGAGACUGACGAUAUUGAUCUGUUCGGAUGGGCCAUCCAAGCCAUCGACAGACGCGAUGAGUUGGAAGAGGAAGCCAAAGAUUUACAAGAGACGGCAAAAGCAAAGAAUGAAAUUGUCACGAAUCUACACAAACAGAUCGAUGAACUAGUAAAAGCCAAGGCCGAGCACGAACAGCAGAUGCUCACGAAGUUCACUGCUGUGUUGAAUGAGAAGAAGCUCAAAAUCAGAAAUCUACAAAGAGUCCUGUCGACAGCGCAGGCAGAUCCAAAAAAGCUGAAGGAGCUGCAGUCAGCCGGUGGAGGUAGACAUGGAGCACGUUCAAAUGGUCGACGCGGAACAAAGAGACAGGCACAAGGACAAGAUGAAGAAUCGGAUGAAAGUGAGGGCUUUGACAACAUGGAUGUUGACGCUGUGGUCAACAAUCCAGAGGAGCCCGUCUCGUCCGAGUCUGGGCGGUCGACACCGGAGCCCGAGGACACAGAUGAUGAAGACGAAGAUCUUGACGCGCCUAACACAUCGGAAUCUCGACCAAGGACAAGAGGCACAGAUGCUAGGAAGAAAUCCCCUGCUCCACUACCGCCCCGGCGAGAGCUUCCUUUCCAGAAAAAAUCUGGCGGGAAAAAGGAUGGAGCAACUGAAGAGCCAAAGAAAGCACAUACACCUCCCCCAACGGCAGCUGAUGGUGAUGAAGAAACGGCUAGCGAAGAUGAUGAAUUAUGAAGCAGGUACCAAUCAGUCUCGGAAUACAGUAAUGUGCCGCAAAUGUGGAUCGAAGCUCAUGUCAUUUCUUUGGGCUGUCUGUACUCUAUGCUAACUACUGUCGUGAUCGACACGCAGGAACAGUGAGCACCCCAUGUACUGCUGGCAAGUCAUUGAUUUGCAGCAUUCCAUCAGUCAGUUGAGGCUUCUCCGACUGAUAGUUUGUCCUUUGAUUCCAACCACCUUAGUAGUUGAAGUUUGG